CUGCCAGACAGCCAUGGGUCAGGAUUACUACUCUGUGCUCCAGAUCACUCGAAAUGCAGAAGAUUCUCAGAUCAAGCAGGCGUACCGGAAACUUGCCCUGAAGAACCACCCGAUGAAGACAAAUGAGUCAACUGCAGCAGAUACAUUCAGACAAAUAGCAGAAGCCUACGACGUGCUAAGCGACCCUGUGAAGAGAAGCAUCUAUGACAAGUUUGGAGAAGAGGGCCUAAAAGGUGGCAUUCCUCUGGAGUUUGGAUCCCAGACCCCGUGGACAACUGGCUAUGUCUUCCAUGGCAACCCUGACAAGGUGUUCCAUGAGUUCUUUGGAGGAGACAACCCCUUCAGUGAAUUCUAUGAUGAAGAAGGGGGUGAUGUGGAUUUAAAUUUUGGGGGACUCCGGGGCCGAGGAGUCAAGAAGCAGGACCCCCCAAUUGAACGGGAUCUCUACUUGUCCCUGGAGGACUUAUUCUUUGGCUGCACCAAAAAAAUCAAGAUCUCACGAAGGGUGCUAAAUGAGGAUAAGUAUUCCUCUACCAUCAAGGACAAGAUCCUGACAAUUGAUGUGAAGCCUGGCUGGAGGCAGGGCACACGAAUCACCUUUGAGAAGGAAGGGGACCAGGGCCCCAACAUCAUCCCAGCCGACAUCAUCUUCAUAGUAAAGGAGAAGCUGCAUCCUCGCUUCCGCAGGGAGAAUGACAACCUCUUCUUUGUGAACCCCAUCCCUUUGGGAAAGGCUCUUACCUGCUGCACCGUGGAGGUAAAGACCUUGGAUGACCGCCUGCUCAACAUCCCUAUCAAUGACAUCAUCCAUCCCAAGUACUUCAAGAAGGUGCCAGAUGAAGGGAUGCCAUUGCCGGAGGACCCCACCAAGAAGGGGGACCUGUACAUCUUCUUUGACAUCCAGUUCCCCACCCGCCUCACACCGCAGAAGAAGCAGAUGCUGCGCCAGGCAUUGCUGACCUAACUCGGGGAGCCUCACUGCUCUGCAGCCUCUGUACAUGUGACAUGGGGGGGGGGGGGGAUGGCACAGAGCCUUCGGCUGACACAAUAAAGA